UAUGCAGUGAAUCGGUUCGCCGUGGCCUCGGCUUUUCCCCCGCACCACCAUGAUGGUCUCCGCACGCAUCCUGGGUAUUUAUUCUUCUAACAUGCUGCCUUCAGGGCUGAACCCCACGCCAAUUCUAUCGUCUGGACAUGGCGGCACGCACAUUAGUCAACGGCAACUUGUCGCGACUGCGGCAGCUAUGCGUUCGUCCUCAAUAUGUCGCGAAGCAUGUCGCGAAGCAUGUCGGCCAAUGGCGGCUCAUGUCCACAGCGCUCCCGACAACAGGGGUUCUGCCGUUGGAAGGCGUUCGAGUGCUUGAUAUGACUAGGGUUCUCGCUGGGCCUUAUUGUACCCAAAUACUUGCGGACCUAGGAGCAGAUGUUAUCAAAGUCGAACAUCCACAAAGAGGCGAUGAUACUAGGGCUUGGGGUCCGCCUUUUGCUAAAUACCAGGAUGGUUCGAAAGAGGGUCCUGGCGAAAGUGCUUACUAUCUUGCGGUAAACAGGAAUAAGAGGUCAAUCGGUCUGUCAUUUGCACAUCCUUCAGGCGUAGACAUCUUGCACGAUCUUGCAAAGCAAUGUGACAUCCUUGUGGAGAACUACCUACCUGGAAGUUUGAAGAAAUACGCAAUGGAUUACGAGACAUUAAGCCAGAUCAACCCAAAGCUGAUAUAUGCGAGCAUCACUGGGUAUGGCCAAACUGGGCCUUACAGCAAUCGAGCUGGAUAUGAUGUCAUGGUAGAGGCCGAGUUUGGCUUGAUGCAUAUUACAGGUUCUCGAGAUGGGCCUCCGGUGAAAGUCGGUGUUGCAGUUACCGAUCUAACGACCGGCCUCUAUACAUCAAACGCCAUCAUGGCAGCAAUCAUAGCGCGAGCGCGCACUGGAAAAGGCCAGCACAUUGAUGCAUGCUUAAGUGAUGUCCAGGUUGCUACGCUUGCCAAUUUAGCGAGUUCGGCCUUGAUAAGUGGAGAGAAGGAUUCUGGACGCUGGGGAACGGCGCACCCUUCAAUUGUUCCGUACCGGAGCUAUAAGACUCUUGAUGGCGAUAUUCUCUUUGGGGGUGGAAAUGAUCGCCUUUUCGGUGUUCUUAGCGAUCGACUAGGACGCCCGGAGUGGAAAAUAGAUGAUCGCUUCGUGACGAAUAGUGCUAGGGUGAAAAACCGAGCUGAGAUAGAUGGUAUGAUUGAGAAAAUAACGAAGCAGAAAACGACGCAAGAAUGGCUCGAAAUAUUUGAAGGCAGCGGCAUGCCCUAUGCUGCCGUUAAUGAUAUCCAGGGCACACUGAACCACGAGCACGUCCUCGCCCGCAACAUGGUCACAGAGGUCAACCAUCCAGCGUGUGGACCUCUCAAGGUUGUCAACACCCCGAUCAAAUACUCUCACGCUAAACCUGGGGUCAGGACGCCGCCUCCUACUCUAGGCCAGCACACCAAUGAAAUUCUUCAAGAUAUUUUGCAUUAUAGAGAGGAGGACAUUGCUUCUUUGAAGCAGAAGGGCAUUGUAUCAUAACUUGUGGCGUCUUCGCAUACAUGAACUGUACAUAUUUUCCCACUUUGUGAGAUAUUCACGGCUACCAACUAGACACAUAGCAGUUUCUUGGAGCGAGUCGACUUGGUAAAUCAAUAGAAAGAUCCUGUCGGCUUAUUGCAUUUUAUCAUUUUUCUAAACCAUCAAUACACGAAAAUCCACAAUUGUUCGAUUGAAUUGUUC